GCCCGGGAGCUAGUCUCGGGGCCUGACGGGAUUGUGGCGGUCCUCUCUUCCAACUAGAAAGCUACCGCUACCUCCAGACGCUCUCAAGAUGGCUACCUCUCUGGGUUCCAACACCUAUAACAGGCAGAACUGGGAGGAUGCGGACUUCCCCAUACUGUGCCAGACGUGUCUUGGAGAAAACCCGUAUAUCCGAAUGACCAAAGAAAAGUACGGGAAGGAAUGCAAAAUCUGUGCCAGGCCAUUCACAGUGUUUCGCUGGUGCCCCGGGGUUCGCAUGCGUUUCAAGAAGACCGAAGUAUGCCAAACCUGCAGCAAAUUGAAGAAUGUCUGCCAGACCUGCCUCUUGGACCUAGAAUAUGGCCUGCCCAUCCAGGUUCGUGAUGCGGGAUUAUCUUUUAAGGAUGACAUGCCAAAGUCAGAUGUCAACAAAGAGUACUACACGCAGAAUAUGGAGAGAGAAAUUUCUAACUCUGAUGGAACACGACCAGUCGGUAUGCUGGGGAAAGCCACAUCCACCAGUGACAUGCUGCUCAAAUUGGCCCGGACCACACCCUACUAUAAACGGAAUCGACCCCACAUUUGCUCCUUCUGGGUGAAAGGAGAAUGUAAGAGAGGAGAGGAGUGUCCAUACAGACAUGAGAAACCUACAGAUCCAGAUGACCCCCUUGCUGAUCAGAAUAUCAAAGACCGAUAUUAUGGAAUCAAUGACCCUGUGGCAGAUAAGCUUCUAAAGCGGGCUUCAACCAUGCCUCGUCUGGACCCACCAGAGGACAAGACCAUCACCACUCUAUAUGUUGGUGGUCUGGGAGAUACUAUUACUGAGACAGAUCUAAGAAAUCACUUCUACCAGUUUGGAGAGAUUUGGACAAUAACUGUUGUACAGAGACAGCAGUGUGCUUUCAUCCAGUUUGCCACAAGGCAAGCUGCAGAAGUGGCUGCUGAAAAAUCCUUUAAUAAAUUGAUUGUUAACGGCCGCCGGCUCAACGUGAAAUAGGGAAGAUCCCAAGCAGCCAGAGGAAAAGAAAAAGAGAAGGAUGGAACCACAGACUCUGGAAUCAAGCUAGAGCCUGUUCCAGGGCUGCCGGGAGCUCUUCCUCCUCCUCCUGCAGCAGAAGAAGAAGCCUCUGCCAACUACUUCAACCUACCCCCAAGUGGUCCUCCAGCCGUGGUGAACAUUGCCCUGCCACCACCCCCUGGUAUUGCUCCACCACCACCCCCAGGUUUUGGACCACACAUGUUCCACCCAAUGGGACCACCCCCUCCCUUUAUGAGGGCUCCAGGACCAAUCCACUAUCCCUCUCAGGACCCUCAGAGGAUGGGAGCUCAUGCUGGGAAACACAGCAGCCCCUAGCACAUUAUCACCAUGCUUGGGUUCUACGGAAGAAAGGGCGCUUAAAAAAUGCCAGUAAAUGGAUCUUGGAAUAAAUAUAUUUUUUCUUCCUUCUUAGUUUUCAUGGUAGCUGAAUGUGUUCUGAUGUGGGCAGUCAGAGAACUACAGCCAUGCUUUCCUACAUGUAUUCAAAGGACUGAUGGACCUCAAAUAAGCUGUCAUUAACACAUCUGGUUACUACACUCACAUUACUAAUAAAACCUAAUGCCUGCUCCCCUUUCCUAUAUGGGAGACAAGUGACUGGAUGAGUUGGAAUGUCCAACAGAGUUACAUCCCAAUUAUAUGUUUAUUUUUUAUCUUUAUUUUCGAAAAAAAUUGACCUGCGGUAAAAAAAAAAAAAA